CAGCGCGCCCCGCGGGGGAUGGCGCCGGCGGCCGGUGCCGAUGGCGAGCGCUGAGGAGCAGAGCGGCGGGCGGUGUCUCCGGUACCUGGAGCAGGAUGUAUACCCUGCUGUCCGGGCUCUAUAUAAUACAUGUUCCAGAGGAUGAGUACUGCGUCCUAAUCCUUGGUUUGGACAAUGCCUGGGAAAACUACCUUCCUUGAACAAAACUAAAACUCGAUUUAAACAAGAACUACAAAGGGAUGAGCCUGUCCAAAAUCACAACCACUGUAGGCUUAAACAUUGGUACUAUUGAUGUUGGCAAAACUCGGCUCAUGUUCUGGGAUCUGGGGGGACAGGAGGAGCUACAGUCUCUUUGGGACAAGUAUUAUGCUGAAUCUCACGGGGUGAUCUAUGUUAUUGACUCCACGGAUGAGGAGAGGCUCUCAGAAUCUAAAAGAGCUUUUGGUGAGUACAUUGAGAAGAUGAUCACCAGUGAGGCUCGAGGGGUUCCCAUUCUGGUGUUGGCCAACAAGCAGGAUGUGGAGACUUGCCUGUCAAUCCCUGACAUCAAGACAGCAUUUAGUGACUGCAUUAACAAAAUUGGGAAGAGAGACUGCCUGACCCAAGCCUGCUCUGCUCUUACUGGGUGA